AGAGCAGGUUCCAGCUUGGCCCUUGGUACCAGCCUCCGCCUUCCCGUAGCCUUCCUUAAAAGGGUUCUCCAGUGGUGUCUUGAUGGACUUGCCUCUCCUGUGCUGGCAGUUUUGCUUCCAGGCUGGAGAAAUGGCUCUGGUGAAAUGGGGGCUGGGAAGGCAGAAGUUCCGUCUGCUGAAGAAGAGGAGCUCCCUGUUGCUAAAGCUCUUAGCCGUGGUCUUGGCUGUGCUUCUGUUUUGUGAAUUUUUUGUCUAUCACUUGGUGAUCUCUCGCUGUAACUGGCCGCAGCUGAGACCCGCAGCCCAUGAUCAUGGUGGACAGGAGCCCGUGCUGAGAGCCAUGUUUCUGGCGGAUACCCACUUGCUUGGGGAAAUAAGAGGCCACUGGCUGGAUAAAUUACGAAGGGAGUGGCAGAUGGAAAGGGCCUUCCAGACGGCUCUGUGGUGGCUGCAGCCAGAAGUCGUCUUCAUUCUGGGGGACAUCUUCGAUGAAGGGAAGUGGAGCUCCUCUCAGGCCUGGGCUGAUGACGUGCAGAGGUUUCAGAAGAUGUUCAGACACCCGCGGCAUGUGCAGCUGAAAGUCAUUGUUGGCAACCACGACAUUGGUUUCCACUACCAGAUGAACAGAUACCUAGUCAAACGAUUUGAGAAAGUGUUUAACUCUGAAAGGCUAUUCUCUUGGAAAGGAGUUAAUUUCGUGAUGCUCAACAGUGUGGCCCUGGAAGGGGACGGCUGUGACAUCUGCUCCCAAGCAGAAGCUGAACUCCUGGAAGUUUCCCGUCGACUCAACUGCUCUCGAGAGGUGCGGGGAUCUGGCCGGUGUGGAGGGGGGCAGCGGCUCCCCUUGUCUGCCCCAGUGCUCCUGCAGCACUACCCGCUCUACCGGACCAGCGAUGCUAACUGCUCCGGGGAAGACGCGGCUCCCCCAGAGGAGAGGAACAUCCCUUUUAAGGAGAAAUACGAUGUGCUUUCUCGGGAGGCUUCACAAAAGCUGCUGUGGUGGCUCCAGCCCCGCCUGGUCCUGAGCGGCCACACGCAUAGCGCCUGCGAGGUGCUCCACGCGGGAGGUGUCCCUGAGCUCAGCGUCCCGUCUUUCAGCUGGAGGAACAGAAACAACCCCAGUUUCAUCAUGGGCAGCCUGACGUCCAGAGAUUACACCCUCUCCAAGUGUUUCCUUCCCCGUGAGGACACGGUUCUGGCCACGUACUGCGGCGCGGCUGGGAUCCUUGUGGUCCUCUUCUUAGCUCACUUUGAGUGUUUGGCCUCACCUUUUCUGUUGGGAUGGGACCUGCUCAGAAUGCAUGGGACAAGGUGAGAGGUGGCUUGUUCCUGCGGUAACAAAUGUCAAAGCCAAAGAAAACCUCUGGCAGCGCCUACAUGAGAGUCAAGUGAAGGAGAGCAGAGGUGUUGGCCAUCUCAGUGUACUUCACGGAAACAAAUCAGCGACUGCGGAAUAAGUAGUUGAUUGUACUGUUCUCAUGCUGUCAGUGAAACAUGUACUCUACGACAAAGCUCUUCUCGUUUUUAUCAAAUAUAUGUAUAAUCAGCUUGCAUCUGUA